UGAGGGCGCCGGGGUCUCCUCCAUCUGCACAGCCAGGACCACAGGGACGGACGCCAUGACCCCCACCCUCACGGCCCUGCUCUGCCUCGGGCUGAGUGUGGGCCUGAGGACCCAGGUGCAGGCAGGGACCCUCCCCAAACCCACCAUCUGGGCUGAGCCAGGCUCUGUGAUCGCCAGGGGGAGCCCCGUGACCAUCUGGUGUCAGGGGACUCGGGGGGCCCAGGAGUUCCAACUGUAUAAAGAGGGAAACUCAGAACCCUGGGACAUAGAAAGCCCACUGGAGCCCGGGAACAAGGCCAAGUUCUCCAUCCUAUACAUGACAGAGCACUACACAGGGAGAUAUCACUGUUACUAUAUCAGCGCCACUUCCUGGUCAGAGCGCAGUGACCCCCUGGAGCUGGUGGUGACAGGAGUUUACAGCAAACCCACCCUCUCAGCCCUGCCGAGCCCUGUGGUGACCUCAGGAGGGAACGUGAUCCUCCAGUGUGGCUCAUGGCAGGGAUUUCACAGGUACAUUCUGACUAAGGAAGGAGAACACAAGUCAUCCCGGACCCUGGACGCACAGCGACGCCCCAAUGGGCAGACCCAGGCCUUGUUCCCUGUGGGCCCCGUGACCCCCACACACAGGUGGACGUUCAGAUGCUACGGCUGUUACAGGGACACCCCCCAGAUGUGGUCAGAACCCAGUGACCCCCGGGAGCUCCUGAUCUCAGGUGUGUCUGGGAAGCCCUCCCUCCUGACCCCACAGGGCCCUGUCGUGGCCUCUGGACAGAGCCUGACCCUCCAGUGUCUCUCUGAUGUCGGCUACGACAGAUUCGCUCUGUCCAAGGAGGGGGGACAGGACCUCCCCCAGCGCCCUGCCCGGCAGCCCCAGGCCGGGCUCUAUCAGGCCGACGUCCCCCUGGGCCGGGUGACCAACACCCACGGGGGCCGGUACAGGUGCUACGGUGGACACAACGUCUCCUCCGAGUGGUCGGCCCCCAGUGACCCCCUGGACAUCCUGGUGGCAGGACGGCUCCCUGACACGCCCUCCCUCUCGGUGCAGCCUGGCCCCACGGUGGCCUCAGGAGAGAACGUGACCCUGCUGUGUCAAUCAGGGAGCACAAGGGAUACUUUCCUUCUGUCCAAGGAGGGGGCAGCCCAUCCCCCCCUGCGUCUUAGAGCAAAGUACCGAGGUGGGCAGUUCCAGGCCGAAUUCUCCGUGAGUCCUGUGACCUCAGCCCACAGUGGGACCUACAGGUGCUACAGCUCACUCAGCAGUCACCCCUACCUGCUGACACAUCCCAGUGACCCCCUGGAGCUCCUGGUCUCAGGAGGCUCUGAAGUUGGGCUCCCCCCACCCAAGGACUCAGGCCCGCAGACGGGUCUCAAAUGGUACCUGAAGCUUCUGAUCGGGGUCUCGGUGGCCUUCGUCCUGCUGCUGCUCCUCCUCCUCUUCCUCCUCGUCCGACACCGGGGUCAGGACAGAUGCAGGAAGUUGGGGUCUGCAGAGCCCAAGGACAGAGGCCUGAAGAGCAGCUCCUGCCCAGCUGUCGAUGCCCAGGACCAGGCCCUCUACGCUGCUGUGAACGACACUCAGCCUGGGGAGGGGGCGCAGCUGGACCAUCUGAACGGGCAGGAUGCAGACCCCCAGGAGGGGACAUACGCCCAGGUGGACUACUCAAGAUCAAUGCUAAGGCGGGAGGUGGCCACCUCUCCUUCCUCCCUGUCAGGGGGAUGGCUGGACAUGAAGGACAGAGACGCAGAAGAGGACAGGCAGAUGGACAGUCAGGCUGCCGCAUCCGAAGCCCCCCAGGACGUGACCUAUGCCCAGCUGAACCACUGGGCCCUCAGACGGGAGACGACUGCACCCCCCGCCCCCCCGUCAGGGGAGCCCCCAGCAGAGCCCAGCGUGUACGCGGCUCUCGCCACCCAUUAGCCCGGGAAGGACCCAGACCCCACGCUCCAGGGAGGGAGAUCUCAGGGACCCCAGAAGGCACAGCAGCUGCCCGCGGUGGACACCACCUGUGACCCACAGCCAGGACCUGGACUCAUAACGCAGACCACCCGGAGCCCCUGGGACCCUUUGGGAGUCACCUGAUUCUACCUUCAAAGAUAACUAAUACCCUUAUAUUUGGGAUAUAAUGCAACAGACUUCUCAAAAAUCAAUGUGUAAACUGA